UGUCAUGAAAGAAAAGUUAGACGGUACAGACAGGGGAGAAAACUGUGCUUGGGAGGUUUGAGAAUGGGUAGUGUGGAAUUCGAGCUCCCUUUACUUUUACCAGGAGCUGAAGAGGAGUCUCCUGCAGUAGUGUGGCUAACGCUGUAUGAAGGGAUACAAGCGGCUGGGGUAAAAGGUAUGUAGAGAGGGAAGAAGCUAAAAACAAGGCAAUUUUGAAUUGGCUUCUGAAAGCUCUGGGAUAUUGAGCAGAGUUGCUUAUGGAGAUGAUGGUGCAGGCAGCAGUACUAAUGGAGAGUGAGCUAUUGAAGGGUAAGGAAGGAGGCCUCAUCCCUCCCAAGUCCUUGAUCCCUCCUGGUCACAGAACAAGUGAAACACCAUUUGUAAAAAUCACCCCGGUGUUAAGCAGACCCUGUGCCAAGACUGUGUGUGUACUUUGUGACUUGUGUGGGGGGUUUUACUGUGGCAUUGGGCAUCCAUGUUCUAAGCUCUUCAGGAAACAGAAACAUUCACAUCUAUUCAGCAUCUCCCUAUCAUCUUGGCCUGUGGUACAGAAUUAGUUCAAAGCAUUAUGGAACUCAAUGGCAGGAAAGUUAACGACAUGAGUGUAGUCAAUAUUUAUACGCCGGUAGAGCCCAAAGGCCUCCGCUGGGGUUGGGGCUGCAUUGCAGGGCACUGUGCAGCCAGCCAACAGCCACGGAUACACCGAGGGGAUGCGGAUACGACAAACAAUCCAAUGAAUCGGGAGGAAUUGGCCCUGCUGGGUUAGUUUCAUGGCUGGUGGAUGGCUGGUUUCAGUUGAGGGCGAAGGAAAGAAGGGGAAGAACAGGCCCCGCUUGUCGCCUGUCCAGCAAUGCCCUUUGCUGUGGUGCCUGGAGAACCAUCCAGAGGGGCAUCCUGAGGCGGACAAGACAGUGACAGUGGGGAUUUUAUCAGGGGUUUUCCUCAGGCAUGGAACCAGCAUGGAGGUGUCUGAGGGAGAAACGGCCUUGUGGGCAAUGAAGACUGGGAACACUGGCAAAGUGAACACAGGUUGACAUCACCAUAGGUAAGUAGGUCACCAAGUGGAGUGGGGCAACAUUAUGAACUGCCUUGAAGGUAAAGACAAGUAUCUUUUAUUUGAUAUACAGGUGAAGGAGGAGCUGGCAGAGGGACUUGGGGCCUGACGUCAGAAUCCCAAGAAUAAGGUCUUGGCAGAAGCAUGGUGAAGACACAAGGGGAGUAAGGGUGCAGGAGUCCAGGCCAGAUGAGGAGAGGGUUCUUUAGCCAAGACAUUCAGGGAUCCGGGCUUGGACAACAAAUUUGGCUGUGUAUGCAGGGGGGAAAGUCCGAUGCCAGAGGAGGCGUGUAAGAAAACUCAAGAUUUAGCAAUGACCUGAAUGUGCGUCCAGUUUAUUUCCAUGUCUGUGCAAUAGAAACUGGUAGUGCUUUGGGUGGGGCUAGAAUCCCUUUCCCUGCCCUCUCCCACACACGUCCUGUUACUGACCUCAACGCCUGUGAUGGUUUUAGUGAGUUCAGCUCACAUUUGACAUUUGGAAUGUCUGGACCCUGCAAUUCCACUGCUGUCCUUGCCUGCAGUUAACAGCCAGCAGGCCCUCUGGAGGCUUUAUCUGCCUCUAGCAUUCUGCCCCGGCCAAAGGGCCAUGUGAACAUUAACUUCCCUGCUGCUCUGCAGUGCAGUGCCCCCGGCUCCUCCCCCACUCCUAUUGGCUGCGUUUAGGCCAGUUCCCCACUUGUGUCUCCAGACCUCAUUCCUGACUUGCUAGAGGUGCCUUUUCCUGCCUGUCUCCCUGUGCUGCUAAACAUGGCGACAGCCAAGGACAGAGCGGUUCUGCAAACGAUCUUUAACCCCAAUACUCCUUUUGGGGAUAUCCCUGGGUUAGAUGAGGCAGAGGAGGCAGCGGCAAUCCAAGGGGAAGAUGGAGCUUUCGCUGCAGAGCUGCUGGAGCAAGUCAAAGACCUGGAGCUGCAGGGGGUUUUGGCGGCUGAAUCGGGAGAUGUGAACACAGCCCUUGAGAGAUUCAGCCAGGCCAUUCGGCUCCUUCCAGAACGAGCCUCGUGCUACAACAACCGUGCUCAGGCCCUUCGUCUCCGAGGGGAUGUGGCAGGUGCCCUGCAGGACCUGGACACAGCCCUGCACCUCAGCGGGGGCACAGGCCGUGUGGCGUGCCAGUGCUUUGUACAGCGAGGUCUCAUCAAUGUGCUGCAGGGGCAUGAGGAUAAUGCCAGGCAGGAUUUUGAGCAGGGAGCCAGACUGGGUAGCGCCUUCGCUCGGCACCAGCUGGUCCUGAUGAACCCCUAUUCAGCGCUCUGCAACCAGAUGCUGUUGGAGAUGAUGAGGAAGCUGCAGAACCCAGACAUCCAGGGAAGCAACUAGAGCCCAUCUGUCCAGGCCGGUUCCCAGAUGAGGCCUCCAGGCAGGUGAGGCACCUGGCAGGGACUCCCCAGGAGCUGGGCACUGUGUACAAACCAGCACAAGCCACUUCCUCCCCGGAAGCAUUUGUCGUUUCUGGUAAAGCUUUAGAACCUCCUGAGUGGAUCGGCUGGAUCAGAAUUGCACCGUAUUCCGGACAGGCCUCCCCUGUGGCCGUUUCUCACGCUUGCCUGCUCCAGAGAAGAGCUGAUGCUGCUUCACCUUGGGCAUUGU